AUACCUUCCCCUCCUUGCUUAUUCCACAAAUUAACUAUCCUCUUCUAUCUCCUUUCUCUCUUAGUAAACAUAAAAAAUUCUACUAACAAUGGUUUUGGUUCAUAACCAUGCUGAAAAAGAUGGUUCAACUGAUGGAGGUCUAGUCGAUUUUCGUGGAAAUCCAGUUGAUAAAUCGCGUACCGGAGGAUGGCUUGGUGCAGGGCUUAUUCUAGGUACAGAGUUAUCAGAAAGAAUAUGUGUUAUGGGGAUAUCGAUGAAUUUGGUGACUUACUUGGUUGGAGAUUUACAUCUUCCAUCUUCUGAUUCUGCCAACAUUGUUACUAAUUUCAUGGGAACACUCAAUCUUCUUGCACUGCUUGGUGGUUUCUUGGCUGAUGCUAAACUUGGACGUUAUGCCACUAUUGCAACCUUUGGUUGCAUAGCCGCUGUGGGAGUAACACUGUUGACACUUGCAACAUCCAUCCCAAGUAUGAAGCCUCCCGUAUGCGACUCAAGAUCGAAAGGCCACUGCAUCGAAGCCAGCGGGCAGCAGCUUGCUCUCCUCUACGCAGCAUUAUACACCAUAUCACUCGGUUGUGGAGGGAUCAAGUCUAGUGUGUCUGGUUUUGGAUCAGACCAAUUUGAUUCGUCGAAUCCUAAAGAGAACAAGGCCAUGAUAUACUUCUUUAACAGGUUCUACUUCUGCAUUAGCCUUGGAUCUUUGUUUGCUGUGACAGUGCUAGUGUAUAUACAAGACAAUGUUGGAAGGGGGUGGGGGUAUGGUAUAUCAGCUGGCACAAUGAUACUAGCUGUGGCGGUUUUGCUUGGCGGAACAUCAUUGUAUAGAUUUAAGAAGCCAGAGGGAAGUCCUUUGACUAUCAUAUGGAGAGUUUUGAUCUUGGCUUGGAGAAAGAGGAAAUUUUCUCACCCUUCUGAUCCUGGAUUCUUGAAUGAAUAUCACAAUGCUAAAGUACCACAUACAAAAAUGCUGAGGUGUUUAGACAAGGCAGCGAUUCUUGAUGAUUAUGCAGUUGCAAAUGAAAACAGAAUCAAUUCAUGGAUAGUAUCAACGGUUAGUCAAGUCGAAGAAGUGAAAAUGGUUCUUAAGUUGAUUCCUAUAUGGUCUACAUGUAUACUCUUUUGGACUGUCUACUCUCAAAUGAACACCUUCAGUAUCGAGCAAGCUACCUUCAUGAAUCGAAAUGUUGGCAAAUUUGGCAUCCCAGCAGGCUCAUUUUCCGUCUUUCUCUUUAUUUCUAUACUCUUGUUUACUUCAAUAAACGAAAGAGUCACCGUACCAAUAGCUAGAAAGAUCACGGGCAAUAGACAAGGACUCACAAGCCUUCAAAGAGUUGGAAUUGGACUAAUACUAUCUAUUGUUGGUAUGGUAGCUGCAGCUAUUGUUGAGAAACAACGAAGGGAAAACGCGAUACACCACAAUUAUAGCAUAAGUGCAUUUUGGUUAGUCCCUCAGUUUUUCAUUGUUGGUGCUGGUGAAGCUUUUGCCUACGUUGGACAACUCGAAUUCUUCAUCAGGGAAGCACCAGAAGGGAUGAAAUCAAUGAGCACCGGGUUAUUCCUCAGCACGCUCUCAAUGGGAUUUUUUAUUAGUAGCUUACUAGUGUCAAUUGUACAUAAGGUAACAAACGGAAGCUGGCUUAAAAACAACUUGAACAACGGUAAGCUAGACUACUUCUACUGGAUGCUAGCAGUACUCGGAGUGCUCAAUUACUUCGUGUUCCUUGUUUUCUCCACGAGACAUCAGUACAAGACACAACAUCUUAGUACUACUCUUGAAGACUCGGAAGAAGAGCUCAAGAAUUGGAACGAUACGAGCAUUGACAACACGCAAAAGAAUCCUAAUGAUGCAGAGAAGGAACAAGUUUAAAUGCUCUUGCCAUAUACAGACCAGCAAUGUCUAAGCAUUAUUUAUAGGAUUUCGAAGUGCCUCAUUCUUUUCUAGUGUACUUUGUACUAUAACUUCGUAUUCGUUUUCACAGUGACAUUGUGUAGUAUUUCUCUGUAGACAGAAGGUUUGUGUUUUGAGGUAAAGAAUGAAAGCAGG